AUGGUCCACGGGGCUGCUCUCUGCCGCUGCCGCUCCAGCUCUCUCGCCCUCCUGAGAGCGCCGCGCGCGCUUUCCAUACAGGGUUCCAACGCCAACAAAGGAGAGGCCGCUGCAUUGCAGCUGCCGUGCUGUUGGACUUUCAUUUGCUGCUUUAAAGAAAAAGAGUUCCUACACUCCGUUCGAUGCCAAUGGCCCGAAAGUUCUCAGAUGCGUGCCGUCGGGGAGAGCGGGGAGGGGAGGGGAGCAGGGAGUGAUGAAACAACAGGGCGACCUAUGAUGGCAUCUCGAACGGCAUUAUCAACCUAA